AUGAGCAGCCAAUGUGAUUUUGCUCCUGUGGAGAUGACGGCUUCUUUGGCCCCGCGGCCAAUCACGAGAGCGGCCUUGGGCGGCCGAGGCGAGACUUCAGUGAAUGUUAACUUGCCACCUAAUAUGAUGCCACGAAAUAAUUUGGAAGCCUCUACUUGUAAAAUGGCAGAGCCAUUUAAUUUUGAGAAAAAGGAAAGCAAGCUUCCACCACAGGACUCACUAAGAAGCCCUGUAGCACAGCAUAACCAUCCCAAUUUCAGACUCAAAAGCCCAGAGAGUGGAAAUAAAAAGAACAGUUUCUUGCUUUGUGAGCAAAGCAAACCGUAUUUAGCUAGUCAGGAAGACAAUUCAGUGAUCUCCUCAAACCCUGCUUGUAUCAAUGGAGAAGUCUGUGGGACCAAAGGAGACAGGAAGACAUCAACAGGAAACCCAGGGUCACCAUUAAGCCUUGAAAACAGUUCACCACCCAACCAAGUCAAAACUAAGCCCAACAAUAACGUGUCUCCUGAAAAAUCAAAAAAAUCCCACAAGUUGUUUGAGAAUGCCUUGUCUGUAAAUAAUCCAGCACUCUUCAACUCUUUAGGACCACCCCUUCGGUCAACAACCUGCCAUCGCUGUGGUCUGUUUGGCUCACUGAGGUGUUCCCAGUGCAAGCAGACAUACUACUGCUCCACGGCGUGCCAGAGGAGGGACUGGUCUUCCCACAGCACCAUCUGCAGACCUGUACAGCAAAGUUUGCACAAGCUUGAAGAUAAUAAAUCACCGUUUGAAACGAAGAGCACUGAAGGGAAAAAUGAGCAGAGUGAGUGUCCCCUUGGGAUUACUAAAGACAUGACUACUGGUACUGAGAGAGUGAUGCUUUCUGACUUGAGAAGUCUCCAACUCAAGAAAACUAUGGAAAUAAAGGGCACAAUUACUGAAUUCAAGCACCCAAGUAACUUUUAUAUCCAGUUGUAUUCUUCGGAGGUUUUAGAAUACAUGAACCAACUCUCUACAAGCUUGAAAGAAACAUAUGCAAAUAUGGUGCCUGAAGAUGGUUAUCUGCCUGUUAAGGGGGAAGUUUGUGUUGCCAAGUACACGGUUGAUCAGACCUGGAACAGAGCGAUAAUACAAGGCAUUGAUGUGUUACAGAAGAAGGCUCAAGUCUUGUACAUUGACUACGGAAAUGAAGAAGUAAUUCCCAUAGACAGAAUCCACCCGCUAAACAAGAGCAUUGACUUGUUUCCUCCUUCUGCUAUAAAGUGCUUUGUGGCAGGUGUCAUCCCAGCUGAGGGAGAGUGGAGCGAGGCCUGUGUGGUGUCCGUCAAGGCCCUGCUCCUGGAGCAGUACUGCUCGGUCUUAAUGGGUGGCUUGUAG